GGGACCGAAAAGUCAGAACGGGAAUAGCCAGUCACCCGAUAAGUCGUGCGCGAAAAUGUUUGAAGUGUUCGAUAAGCCCUUCGCGGAUCCUGUCCAGCUGCCGCUGGUCGGAAAUGUCCGGACUUCGGUUAUUAUACUCACGGUGUACCUGCUGUUUGUACUCAAGCUGGGCCGGGAUCUGAUGGCAAAGCACGAGGCUCUAGAGCUGCGAGGCGUCCUCAAGGUCUACAACAUCGGACAGGUCCUGUUCAACACGGUGAUGUUUCUGGGUGGCAUACACCUAAUAUUCGUGUCCAGGCCGUACAACCUGAGCUGCAUGACUGUCCUGCCGCAGGAUCACGAGCUCAAGUCCACGGAGAGGACUCUGUCCUACCUGUACCACCUGAACAAGUUGCUCGACCUGAUGGACACCAUCUUCUUUGUGCUGCGCAAGAAACCGCGCCAGAUUACCUUCCUCCACGUGUUCCACCACGUCUUCAUGGUCAUCACCUCGCACCUGUUGAUUCGGUUCUACGGCUACGGUGGUCAUGUCUUCCUCAUCUGCAUGUUCAACAUUCUGGUGCACAUGGUGAUGUACGGCUACUACUACGCCUCCUCGCAGAGUCGCAACGUCCAGGAGAGCCUCUGGUGGAAGAAGUACCUCACCUUGGGCCAGCUGGUGCAGUUCCUCAUGAUGUUCCUGCACUGCACCUACACCCUUUUCCAGCCCAACUGCUCGGCAUCGCGGGGAGUUAUCUACGUCAUCAGUUCGGCCAGUCUGUUCAUGUUUGUGAUGUUCUCCAAUUUCUAUGUGAAGACCUACAUUCGACCCAAGCAGGUCAAGUCCAAGGGCAAGGCCAACUGAUUUCACCUGCUGCACUGUGAUCAAAAGAGGCUUGCUUAUUUUUUUGUCAGAAGUUAUUGGGAAUUUGUACAUUCUAGACAUAAACUUAAUGCCAAGCAAGAGUUUGUCCAUAGAUUUUCUUUGAAAAGCUUCUUUAUAAGUAGGUCCUUAAAAUUCCCAACUGGUUCUGUAGCUAAACACGUUCUGAAUAUUGCAGUUAUAAGGAUUACAAAACACGAGAUAUGUACAAUUUUCGUAUUCUAUUAGUUGAUUAACGAUGUUAUAUUGAUAAAAUUAUUCACUUCCUUGAAGAAUUCAAAUAAAUACAAAAUUAUAUUCUAAA